AUGCCGCCGCGACUCCCACAGCGAGCCUUCGCGCAGCUACCAUCUUCUUCCAACAGCACCUACAUUUGCUCCCGCUGCAGCUAUGCCACCGCUGUCGCGCCCGUCCCAGCGCCCUCUCCAGAGCAGAUGGGUGCUCCAAUGCCUCAGCUCUCGCGGCACCAUCCCCUUCAACCACCUUCACACCGGUCGCCAGCCUAUCGAAAAUCGCAGAUGCUGCGGUCCUACGUCUCCCUCCUGCAGACCACACCACUGAUGCUGUUCUUCCAACACAACAACCUCCGCGCCAUGGAGUGGGCCUCUAUCCGACGAGAGCUCUCGCGCUCUCUCACAAAGACCGAUGCCUCUCUCCCCAACGCCGAGCCACUCGCCGAUGCCAUAAAAUUGCAGGUGAUACAGACAAACAUGUUCGAGCCUGCCCUGCGCAUCACCGAGUACUACGAUCCCUCGCAACCCUCCCCAACACCCUCGGGCAACGCGAAGACAGAUUCCUUCUCAGAAGAGAAGCUUGACCCCAGCUUAACGCACGUCUUAUCCACGCGAGCGUAUGCUGCGGUAAACACGUCGCAACAGCCCCACCCUUUGACGACGCUCCUCAACGGCUCUCUCGCGGUGCUGACCUUCCCCUCCGUCUCCCCACAACACGUGGCUUCCGCACUCUCGGUGUUGAGCCCACAGAAGCCACGUUUCCCGGCGCCCACACGGCGCGCCGCGCCCAGUUAUCACGAGCCGGCGGUCCAGGACGGGCUGAAGAAGCUCAUGCUACUAGGGGCGCGGGUGGAUGGGCAGGUUUUCGACGAGGCGGGCGUGCGGUGGGUCGGCGGUAUUGAGGGUGGCAUGGACGGGCUGCGGGCACAGUUGGUUAUGCUGCUGCAGAACGCGGGCGUAGGCCUGGCGGGCGCGCUAGAGGGCUUGGGCAAGAACUUGUGGCUGACGAUGGAGAGUCGGCGGCAGGAUAUGGAGGAGAAGGCCGGCGGUGGGGGUGCUGGAGACGGCGCCGGGGAGGCUGCCGCGAAGUAG